AGCGAGGCGGGCAGGUGAGCCGCGGACACCGGCGAUCACCUGAGCGUGUCGCCGAGCUGCCAGAGAGAGGCGGGACAGGAAGUACAGAUGCAAAUUUGAUAGAGGUGGUCGAUCUGUUGGACGAGACGGACGAGGUGACGGACAACUCGUCUGACGAGGAGCGAGUCGUCACCAAGACAACCGGCGUCCUCCCCGUCACUGACGCGGCUCUUGACGAGGUUCUGAGCGUUGACGUGGAGACGGUGGAGGAGGAGAGCGGUCAGCUGAAGGCGGCUCAGAGGACGCAGCCAAGCAUCCCAGAAAGCAGUCCAGGUGUGAAGAAGGUGGUCGUUCCUCGGAGCGUCACAGACGCCUUCAAACUUCUCAGUUCAGUCAUGAACACCAAAAAGUAUCCAAAGACAGUUCUGCUGAAGCAGGCUCACAAGGAGAUCCAGACUCUGCAGAACGAGGCGGCGAGACUGAAGAGUCUGAAGAUCUGUCUGAACCAGCAGAGGAACGCCUACAUCAGAGAGAUCGCCCGAAGAUCAGGUAAAAGUGAGCGGAGGAUCAUGAGGACGCUGCAGCACCCGGCAUCCAAACAGAAGAAGGUGGGGAAGCGGGAGAGACACCGUGCAGCCAAUCACGUGCCGGCAGGAGACACGAUCGAUGAUGACAUUGUAAUCAUAUCCUCCGACCUGCCGCAGCAAACUCCACAAGCUCCUCCCACUCUUGUUUCUGCCCCGCCCACCACCACACCUUCAGCCACACCUGUCCAAACACCGGUCCAGCAGCCUCAGAACAACAGUCAGAAGGUCUUGCAGGUGACUCCUCCCGGUGCAUCCCCCAAUGCAUUAGCGGGGAGGGACAGGCCGAGGACUAUCCCCAACAUCCUGUCCCGCAGUAAGAAUCCAGCUCCGCUGUCGCCCCUGCUCACAAAGACUCACAGCGAGGAGUUGCCUUCUUUUCAGGCUUUGGUUCCGGCUGAUGUUCUAUCCCUUGUCAGCGCCACAUUGCCAGGGCAGCCGGUCCUGACCCUGAGCCCGAUAAUGACUGGGCCGACGGUUCUACAGACGUCUCCUACACCAGGCUUGGCCUCAGUCACCCUCAACUUCCCCAGUCUGACCAAUCAGCAGAUCCAUCUCACCUCACUGCCCCACCCCCCAACCGCCUCAAACCUCAACAGUCUGCUGCCGGUUCAACCAUCGACUCCACAACAACAAACACAACCAAAACAACAACAGCAACCACAACAACAACUACAACAACCACCCCCUCCUCCCCAGCUGCAGCAGCAGCAGGAGGUCCUAGCAGGUCAGACUCCUGCUCCGGUGGUCUCUGGAUCUGAUCUUGUCUCAGACCAGAUCAAAGACCAGCACCAGCCUCCGUCCCAGGCUGGCACCAAGCUGGAGUCCCCCCCCUCCUCCUCGUCUCCACCCUCUACUCACGGCUCGUCGUCCUCGCCGUGCCCAGAUCCGAGCAUUGGUCGUCGGGUCACAGCGGGGGGCCUCUGAGGGCGGAGACCAGACAGGACGCUGACCACGAGAG